AAUGCUCCGCCGCGUCGGUGGUGGAUCACAUGGAGGUCACAUGCUGGUGUUGCUGUAUCAGCAGCAGAGCUGAAGGAUGGUGAAACUGUCCUGCUGGAACAAAAGAACCGAACCCGAACACCGAGCCGAACACCCGACCCCAAACCGGGAACAGGACCAGGACCCGGACCAGCAACAGGACCAGUACCAAUACCCCGAGCCGGGCUGUACCGGCCUGUUGAUCAGUGAGCGGAGCAGCAGCGCUGAGCAGGUCCAGCGCUAAGCUCUGACUGUGGCCAAUUAUUUUCCCACACUUUGGAGUGUGCGCCAGUGUGUGAGAGGUUGUUGCACAAUGUGUGUAAGGUUGUUGUGAGUGUUGUGAGGUUGUUGUGUGAGUGUGAGUAAGAGCAGGCGCAGAGGGAUGUCGCGGGCGGAUAUGGCGGUGAACAGUGAUGUGGGGGAUUGGGGGUACAGUGAGGAUGCCGGCGAGCGGGCGUGGCUGUUACAGAGCCCCAGUGUGGACUCCAUUCAGGCUCCCAGCCAAUCACAGCAGAGCAGAGGCGGGACUUCAACGCUGGCUGCUGUGUUUAUAGUGGUGAAUGCCGCUUUGGGGGCGGGGCUUCUGAACUUCCCUGCUGCGUUUAACAUGGCUGGAGGAGUGACGGCGGGAGUGGUGCUGCAGAUGUGUAUGUUGGUCUUCAUCAUCACAGGCCUGGUGAUCCUCGCUUACUGUUCUCAGGUGAGUAAUGAGGGGACGUAUCAGGAGGUGGUGCGGGCGGUGUGCGGGAAGGUGUUGGGAGUUAUCUGUGAGAUCGCCAUCGCUGUCUACACCUUCGGCACCUGCAUCGCCUUCCUCAUCAUCAUCGGAGACCAGCUAGACAAAUUGAUUGGAGCAAUGACCCACGACUCUGAUCCAGUGAGCGCUCAUUGGUUUACGGACCGCAGGUUCACUAUAACCAUCACCUCUGUGCUCGUUAUCCUGCCGCUGUCCAUUCCUAAAGAAAUCGGCUUCCAGAAGUAUGCCAGCACAAUAAGCGUGAUUGGCACCUGGUACGUGACAAUCGUUGUCAUCAUCAAAUACUUCUUACCUGACAAAAAUAUUACUCCCGGAGACAUCCCAACCAGCCCGACAUCCUGGACUGAUGUUUUCAACGCCAUGCCCACAAUCUGCUUUGGCUUUCAGUGUCAUGUCAGCAGUGUUCCGGUGUUUAACAGUAUGAAGAAAGCUGAGAUUCGGCCUUGGGGAGGCGUGGUGACCGUCAGCAUGAUCAUCUGCCUGUUUGUCUACACAGGCACAGGUGUGAGUGGUUUCCUGUCGUUUGGCUCUAAUGUCAGUCAGGAUGUUCUGAUGUCGUAUCCGUCAGAUGAUGUUGCUGUGGCCAUUGCAAGAGCCUUCAUCAUCAUCUGCGUGGUGACUUCCUAUCCCAUACUGCACUUCUGUGGCAGGGCAGUGAUAGAAGGUCUGUGGUUGAGGUUUAAAGGUGAGGAGGUGGACACUGACGUGGCUGGAGAGCGGCGGAGGCGUCUGAUCCAAACCCUGGUCUGGUUCUGCUUCACGCUCCUCCUCGCUCUCUUCAUCCCCGACAUCGGCCGAGUCAUAUCUCUGAUCGGGGGUCUCGCCGCCUGCUUCAUCUUCGUCUUUCCAGGUUUGUGUUUAAUUCAGGCUAAACUCUCGGAACAUGAUGUCCGUUCGGCCAGCUGGAUGGCUCUCGUGGUUUAUGGGGUUGUCAUGGUUACAAUUGGAGCAUUCAUCUUUGGCCAGACCACCACUAACGCCAUCUACAAAGACAUCAUCAACCAGGAUGAAAGCUCGUAGCCGGAGAGCAACAUUCAUCAACUAAACCACCCAGUGGACCUCGUUCUUCUGAUUAUUUUAAACCUACAAUUGUAAAAAGACACUCAGACAAAAACACAAGCUACACCCAUACCUCCAUAAUCAGACUGAGGGCCAAUCAGCAUGCAGCAUCAGCUGUCCUCCUGUAGCUGUGUGUGAAAGGAUCGGAAGGAUUUUGGAAGUUUCAUUCGAGUUUAUUUUUGCCAAUCAGAAACUACAACACUGUGUGUGCAGACCAAUUAGAUAAUUAAUUAAAUUAAAUUAAAGGGGAAUUCCACCAAAUUUCCCAGAUUUCUGCAUAAAUCUGUAGCUGCGUUCCAAUUAGAAUUUAUUUCAGAAAUAAAAUAGAAUCAUAAAAACUGACAAUUUAAAAAGAACUCUGGAUUUGUUUCCCAGUAACAACAGCAAAGGAGCUUUUAGAUUAUUUAUGUUCACAAACACACACACACACACACACACACACACUAUACACACACACUAAACACGUACACACACUACACACGCACACCAGUACCCACUCUGAAUGACUUUCUGUUUCAGUUUAAUUAUGCAGAAGUUUUUAUUGUACAUUUGUUUUUACAUUUCUGUGGCAUUUUGUCAUCACAAACUUGAAGCUGUAUGUUUUUGUCGUGCUUUUUUAAUGAUGUGUAAUAAUUUUACUUGAAUUUAAUUCAGAAUUGAAGAUGAAUACAAAUGGGACUCUUUCCUCUGUGGAGGAACUCCAUUAUUCAGCUGCUAAAUGGCUUGAAAUGAGAAUAAUGAGCUGCUGUAGUUGAAUUAGGUUUAUUAUUUAGUUCAGUUUUAACAGUCAUAUGAUUUGCUAUUAUUGUAAAGGGACAAUAAGAUUUCUCUUCUGGUGGGAGAAGAGUUAAGAAAAUGAUAUUUGAUAUGGGGUGGAUUUUAUAUAAAUAUAUCGAUAUAGUUAUACAUGGUUGUAUAUUAUUUGGUUUGUUGUGUUUUACACAAGCAUUAAGGUCAUAAAUUGGGGUUGCAUGGUUUCAUGACUCUUUCCUGAUCCUCAGAUCUGUCCAUCACAUUGUUUCUGCAGUAAAUUGCUGUAACUCUGUUAAUCUGUGUUUAAAGGAUUUGGGCGAGUUUGUAUUCAGUGAUGAGUCUCGGGCGCAUGCUGGAGGUUUACAGGUGUUUUUUUUUUUGUAAUUAUGUGAAUUUUGUUUAUGAUCAGUAAAGGGAAUUAAUGCAGUCCAAACAUAUAAUGUGAUGUUUCAGCUUCACGCCAAGGAAAAAUUCAAAUUUUAUGAUGAUUUACUCUCUCAGGCCUGAUGAACAAAUAAAAUGAUAAAAUAAUAAACAUUCUACAAAACUGC